GUUCAGUUCAGAGUUCAGUAUCAAUUUUUGUAAUGUUGACUACUGUUUUUUCCCUCAAAAUGUAGACUAUCCCACGGGGAAAUUUCCUCAAAUAAUUCUGAAAAAGCAUGGAUGACAGUAUCCAAAUAAUAUAUGACAAUAUCGAUCAAGAUGAUGAAGUUGUAAUUAUUGAUAACCCACGUCCGAAACCCCCAGCUCCAGUAGUCGUCUUAUGUGACUCUGACGAUGAUGAUGAUGACAAAAAUAGUGUCAAUAACAAAAUAUUUACCGAAGAAAAAAAGCAAAAGAACUCACCUAAUGAUACUCAAAAGAAAUAUGAGGAAACAGGCAAAGCAACCAGUUCAGAUGUUAUCAACCUGGAUGAUUCAGAUUCCAGUUGUAUUAGAGUAAAUGAUUCCAUAAUGAAUGACAAGAACAUACAGAUGAAAGAGUGGUAUGCAAAGUAUACAUCAAGUGUCUCACCUCAAAGUCCAAGAUAUUAUACAUGUCCUGAGUGCCUGGCUGCUCUUUCUUCUGUUUACAUGAUUGACAGACACAUUCAAGCUAGACAUCCUAAAAGUAUUCACAGAUUUGUAAAAAAUAGACAGUAUUGCAUUCUUGAUAUUUUAUCUGAUUCAGAAAGUCCUUUUAAACAGCCAUGUUUUGAAACUUCAAAGUCUAAAUCAAAUUCAUGUGGUAAAGACACAGACACAUCAAGUAAUAGCAAUUCUAGUAUAUUGCCUCGCUUAAAACUUUCUCCAUUAGAAGGGAAAAGAUGUCUAAAUUAUAAUAAUCUAUCAGAAAGAACUACAUCAUCAAAUACACAGGCCUGUGAUUUGAUUGAACCUCCACCAUUGCCUCCUCUUUGUUCAAAAUUUUUACAAAAUGACAUUACAAGUACAAAUACAAAAAAUUUAAACUCUCCUACAAGUUUGGCUUCAGUAACAAGUUCUACAAUGAACUCAAAGAAGUCAGAAUUGCCACUUGCUCGUAUUAAACCUCUCGUGUCAGCAUCAACAAAAAAUGUAGCUUUGAAGCCAUCUACAGCUAGAAAGCCAUUAACAGUGGUAAUUUGUUCUCCUAAUGACAGUACUACACAGGAGCGGAUGGUGAAGGUUAAUCCAGUUCAUGAUAAAAAUGUGCAUGAAUGUAUUGUAGAGGUUAAUUCUACAUGUACGGAUGAUGACAUCAUUGCACUUGAAGAAACAUUUCAAGACAAGACAGUGGACAAUAUUGGACCUCAUGAAAGGGUAGUUGAGUUUAUAUUGAAUGCAAAUAAUCCCAAGGCGCAUGAUAAGAGUACAAUAUCCAAUAGUAAUUUGUCACAUGGAAAUAAUAUUGUGGUCAAAAGAACUCAAAGAAAUAGAACUAGAAGAAAUACCAGAGCACAAAUGGCACUUGCAAAAACCUCGAAGAAUGAUAAUCACAGCAAAAUAAGGAAUACAGUGGAUACUUCAAAUGAUGACAGUACAUCUAAAGAAACGAAAAGUUCAAAAGAACCUGUACCAAUUUUGUCAGGAACAAAUAGCACAACCAGAAAGAGAAAGAGAGACCCGUUAUUGAUUCUGACAGCUGAUGACGACAGCUCUGAGCAAAACAUACCAGAUAAACGAUUAAGAGGUAUUCCAGAUAAUGAUCUCAAAGKCCAAGCGAAUAUCAAAGUUUUGCCAAAAAAGUUUACAUGUAAUUACUGCAAUAAAAGGUUCACUACUUUGUUGGGGAAAGAAAACCACAUCAGAGACAAACACACAAAACAAAAAAAAUGUACUAAAAAUAUAAGGAUGAAACCAGCAAUACCUUUACCGACAAAUCCACCGGAAAUUGAUAAAUUAACUUCCAUGAAGCAUAUUAUAUUGAUUGAUGUAGACAACUGGAGAAAGAUUUUUGAAUCUGAUUUGAGGUUUGCUCCAUCAACAUUUGUAUGGGCUUUCCAUGGUGGAGCAACGUCAUGGUGUCCAUCUCCAUCGUCUGUUCUUCUCAGACAGCUCCAAGAAAUGAACUGCUUCUAUCUUCAUCCAAAAUGUGGCAAGUCUAAGGAUGCUGCAGACUUUGCGUUAUGUGUCCAGGCAGGAAAACUUGAUGUUCAGCUGCCAAAGGAAAUCCCAUUCACCGUUCUGUCAGGAGAUAAUGGGUUCAGAGAACUAAAAAACCAGUUGAAUCUCUCAAAACGAGAGGUCCACAUCGUCAACCCACACCACAAGACAUUGGACGAAGUACUUGCAAUAUUAAACAGUAUUGCAGACAAAUAAUUCUCAUUGAACCUCAUUACAUUAUAUUUCAAAACAAAUGAUAUUAAUGUUACAUUAUAGAAUUUCAAAUGUUUGUUCAUGGUUUUGAUUAAAAUAUUAUUUACUAGCC